GCGAGACACGAAGAAACAACGACUCUCUCGGAAAAUCGGAAAUGUUCUAAAGGGAUAAGCGCAGUGAGCUAGUAACACAAACGAGAUCAUGGCGGCCUGUUACAAUGCCUACAGCGCGGGAUCGCAGUCCUUUGAGUUCGACGAGGACGACGACGACGCCUCCUUCGACAGCGGCUACGAGAAGAGCUUCGAGACGGAGGCCCAGCUGAGCUCCCGCCGGCGCCUGGACUUCGAGGACCGCUAUGGCGGCACUCCGCCGACUGCCGCGGCGGUCCAGCUGCCGUACUCCGGCGGCAUCGCCUGGGACACCGUACCGCUCAACUCACCGCCGACGGGAGCGGGAUCGGGAGCGGGAUUCGUCGGCCUGCUGGACACGAGCAGCAACCACAGCACGCGGAGCGGCAGAACGCUGGUGGAGCACCUGAACAGCCGGGCCUCGAGCGGCACCUUCGACCCGCCGCUGACCAGUACGCCGAUGAAGUCGCCCGAGGAUGCGGAUGCGCCGCGCCAGAAGCGGAAGUAUGCCGUCGGCAAGAACCGGGUGACGCGCUCGCGCAGUCCCACCCAGGUGGUGCGGAUCAAGCGGUUUCGCCGCAUGAAGGCCAACGACCGGGAGCGCAACCGGAUGCACAACCUGAACGAUGCGCUGGAGAAGCUGCGGGUCACGCUGCCCUCGCUGCCGGAGGAGACGAAGCUGACGAAGAUCGAGAUCCUGCGCUUCGCGCACAACUACAUCUUUGCUUUGGAGCAGGUGCUGGAGAGUGGCGGCUCGAUCAAUUUGGACCUGGAGAAGCUGCAGAACUUCACGCUGAGUGGCGAGCGGAUCACCAAGGAGCUGUUCGAUGCGCUGUUCGUGAAUCCGCAGCCCUAUCCCAUGUUCGGCUGUGGCCGGAUGUUUCCCUAUGGCCAGAGUCAGUCUGCUCCGCCGACGGACCAUCAGCCGGCGAUGGGUGGCUUCCAGCAGAGCAUGGCCAUGGGUAUGGGCAUGGACUACCCGCAGCAGCAGCAGCAGCAGCAGCCGCCAGGAUUCGACUUCACCGGCAGCAUGCGGUUGUACCACCACCAACAACAACAACAACAACAACAGCAGCCACCUCACCAUCUGCAGCCAGCUAAUCCCCGCCAGGAGUCCAGCCCGCAGCAGUUCUCGCAGGAGAAAUACGAUCUGUUCAGGGGCUCCUUCGAGGCAGCUGCCAAUCUGCAGCCGGCCAACUUGGACUCGGGAAUUCACCAGCAGAGCAGCUUCUACACGCAGACGCCACCGUGGAAGGACUAUCCGGAGGAUCAGGCACAUCCGCACAGCUACAAGCAGUUCGCCCCGCAGGUGUAGCACACUUUUGGGGGCCAAAAACCGCGAUCUAAGGUCUUUCAGCGUGAUAUAUUUGAAGAUUGCUGGGAUACGCAGGAAACUGAUUUAAGGAAAUCCUCAGGAGAUACUCCCCUGACUUACUUUGAAAGUAAUUAAAAGUGACUUACGGAUCUUAUCCCUCGAUUUCCUUACUUUACUUUCCUCGAAUCCCUCGCAAUCCGUUGAUAUUGGUAGUAAGUGAGACACAAAUUGACUGCUUAGAUUAUCUUUAUAUUUGCAACUUGGAAAUACUUGGAAAAAACCCAAGUUGUAAACUCCAGCUAAUCUUUGAACUCAAUUAAUUUCAUGUUAUAGAGAGAUCCUCAAUAGACGAACCAUUGCAGUCUUAUACAAAAAUCUAUAUCUAUAUUUACUUAACACUAAGUCAAUAAUUUCACAUUUACUUUAUGUCCAUGUCAAAAUGCAUUGGUUUCUUUCUUGCGGAUCUCUAGUGAAUAUUUGAAUUAAGAGUGCUUAUCCCAAAAUAACACUCUUUCUCUCAACAUAUUCCCCGACUUCUUGACUAUAUAGUACAAAUCGGUUGUCCAUUUAGUGUAAGCGGAUACGUACCUUGCCAUCGUAGACAUAAGCAUACACAUAAGCCACUGAAAUGUACCAGGUAUUAGUCAUAGUUAAUCUUAUGGAUGUACAAUCGAUUAAGUAUUUGGAUAAGCAGGUUAUGCCAGAUUCUAUAUCAGUUAUUGCAAUGCAAGGAAAGCGAGCUAGUCAGGGCCACAACUUUAAAGUGAUAAGAUUGAAUUUCGAUGUAAAGCCAUAAAGAUUUAUUUUUGCAAAUAAAGUUGACGAUCAAAACGA